AUGAGCAUCCAAUUUUGUCGUCGUGCAAAUGCAUCACUAAGAUCAGUGGGUGGACAAUUGCCAAAGGCCCUCCCCUAUCAAUCUUCCCAAUGGUAUCGAUCCAUCAGCUCAGCAACCUCUAAGUCCGCUCCAGAACCCGUGAUAUUUUCUGGCAUUCAACCAACAGGUGUUCCUCAUCUUGGAAACUACCUCGGUGCUCUCCAACAAUGGGUGAAGCUACAAAAUACCGCGGCGCCGGGAACCAAGCUGCUUUUUUCCAUCGUGGACCUCCAUGCCUUAACAGUACCGCAGGACGCAAGCCAAUUGCGAAAAUGGAGAAAAGAAGCAUUUGCAACUUUGCUUGCUGUAGGGCUGGAUCCUAAACAGUCUACUAUCUUUUAUCAAUCCGAUGUGUGCAGCUAA